AUGAUUCUUCUUCCAAUUCAAUUCACUCUGAUUUCAUGUGUCAGUUUGGCAACAACUUUCACUGUUUAUUCUGUCCCCAUUCUCAAGUUCAUGUAUGAAUUCACUUUUCUGACACUUCAAAUCUCCAAAAUGAUGCUUUCUGUCAGCUCUGUAUGGCUAUGGGAAAUCGCGACAAACACUGAAAUCGUGGAUGCUUUCGCUAUUAUUCUCUCCGUUGUCAUAUCCACAAGUGUUCUUCUUGACAUGUUCUCAUAUGAAAUUGUCUUCACCUUCAAUUCGAACAAUAUUGAUUAUGAACAAAAUAUCGACUUGAAUUGA